AUGAGCUUUAUCGUAUUGCCCUUAGACGCUAAAAAUACAGCGUACCCAAACACAGGUUUCCAACGAGGAAAACGAGCCUGCGUUGGUCUCAGGCUCCGACACGACCCCUACAGCCCGCCCCCGCCUCCAGAGCCGGUCGCCUCCAUCUUGUCCCCUCCGCAUCCGCAGGGCCCCUGGUUACACAGGGCCCCCAGCUGCAGAACGGCAGAGCUACGCGGCUCUCGGAGGAACCGCAACGUGGAGCUAAGACAGCAGGCAGCCUCUGGGGCGAUGCGGAUCCCCGGUUCCCUGCCUGGGCCCGGAGCCUGCGGCCCGGGGAAACCGCGGAGGCACCGCCCUGACCGCUCUGGAACCCUCUGGAAAUUGCUUUGCACUGCUGCCGCCCCCUGUGCCCCUCCGCUUGCCGGUCGCGGGAAAUAGUCCCCUACGGCGACGGGGAGUCGCGACCGGGAGCGGUCCCGGUAACGGCAUGGGGCUGAGAGAUGUGCGCCCGCCUCCACCAUAGCCGCCGCCGUUAAACGGCAACGGUGAUGGGGCCCAUAAGGAGUCCUGCCGCAUCGCCCAGGCCAGGGAAGCAGCAGCGAGAACGCCCCACAGAGGCUGCAGCCAGGGUGGAGAGGGCGACUGCGCUAGGCGAGGCCCAUAGGGAGGCGUGCUCAUAAGGGAGGUGGGAGCCGGAAUACUGUAGCGGGGACCACCGCCGUUUUAAGGCGGAAGGAGACGGUGAGCGAUGCCUGAGGAGGUGCAGCACGAGGAAGAGGAUGUGGAGACCUUCGCCUUCCAGGCGGAGAUCGCCCAGCUCAUGUCACUCAUCAUCAACACCUUCUAUUCCAACAAGGAGAUCUUCCUGCGGGAGCUCAUCUCCAACGCCUCCGACGCACUGGAUAAGAUCCGCUAUGAGAGCCUGACUGAUCCCUCAAAGCUAGACAGCGGUAAGGACCUCAAGAUUGACAUAGUCCCCAACCCCCGGGACCGCACGCUCACCCUGGUGGACACUGGCAUCGGGAUGACAAAAGCAGACCUCAUCAACAACCUAGGCACUAUUGCUAAAUCUGGUACCAAAGCCUUUAUGGAAGCCCUGCAGCUGUUGGCCUACCUGAGUGUGCUUCCCCACCUUACCAGCAGCAGGGUGGAGCUGAGGGCUGGCGCAGACAUUUCCAUGAUCGGGCAGUUUGGUGUGGGUUUCUAUUCUGCCUAUCUAGUGGCUGAGAAGGUGGUUGUCAUUACCAAACACAAUGAUGAUGAGCAGUAUGCUUGGGAGUCAUCAGCUGGGGGCUCCUUCACUGUCCGAACUGACCAUGGUGAGCCCAUUGGAAGGGGCACCAAAGUGAUCCUGUAUUUGAAGGAGGACCAGACAGAGUACUUGGAGGAGCGGCGUGUCAAAGAGGUGGUGAAGAAGCACUCCCAGUUCAUUGGCUACCCCAUCACACUCUAUCUGGAGAAGGAGCGUGAGAAAGAGAUCAGUGAUGAUGAGACAGAGGAGGAAAAAGAUGAGAAGGAAGAGGAAGAGUCAAUGUCCAAAGAUGAGGAGAAACCCAAAAUCGAGGAUGUGGGCUCUGAUGAUGAUGAUGAGGGAGACAAAGGCAAGAAGAAAAAGACCAAGAAAAUCAAGGAGAAAUAUAUUGACCAGGAGGAGCUGAACAAGACCAAGCCUAUUUGGACUCGCAACCCUGAUGACAUCACCCAGGAGGAGUAUGGCGAGUUCUACAAAAGCCUCACCAAUGACUGGGAGGACCACCUGGCUGUCAAGCACUUUUCUGUGGAAGGGCAGCUGGAGUUCAGGGCCCUGCUCUUCAUCCCACGCCGUGCCCCUUUUGACCUCUUUGAGAACAAGAAGAAGAAGAAUAACAUUAAGCUGUAUGUGAGACGUGUCUUCAUCAUGGACAGCUGUGAUGAGCUCAUCCCUGAGUACCUAAACUUCAUCCGGGGUGUUGUGGACUCAGAGGACCUGCCUCUGAACAUCUCUCGUGAGAUGCUCCAGCAGAGCAAGAUCCUCAAGGUGAUCCGCAAAAACAUUGUGAAGAAAUGUUUGGAGCUCUUCUCUGAGCUGGCAGAGGACAAAGAGAACUACAAGAAAUUUUAUGAGGCCUUUUCCAAGAAUCUGAAGCUGGGCAUCCAUGAGGACUCAACCAACCGAAAGCGCCUUUCAGAGCUGCUGCGUUACCACACAUCCCAGUCAGGUGAUGAGUUGACUUCGCUUUCAGAGUAUGUGUCCCAUAUGAAGGAGACCCAGAAGAGUAUCUACUACAUCACAGGGGAGAGUAAGGAGCAGGUUGCCAACUCAGCCUUUGUGGAGCGUGUGCGGAAGCGUGGCUUUGAGGUGGUAUACAUGAUGGAGCCCAUUGAUGAGUACUGUGUGCAGCAGCUCAAGGAGUUUGAUGGCAAGACCCUGGUAUCGGUCACCAAAGAGGGGCUGGAGCUGCCUGAGGAUGAGGAGGAGAAAAAGAAGAUGGAGGAGAGCAAGGCCAAGUUUGAGACCCUCUGCAAACUCAUGAAGGAGAUCCUGGACAAGAAGGUGGAGAAGGUAACGAUCUCAAACCGGUUGGUCUCAUCUCCCUGCUGCAUAGUCACCAGCACCUAUGGUUGGACAGCCAACAUGGAGCGCAUCAUGAAGGCUCAGGCACUGCGGGACAACUCUACCAUGGGCUAUAUGAUGGCCAAGAAGCACCUGGAGAUCAACCCGGACCACCCAAUUGUGGAAACACUCCGCCAGAAGGCUGAUGCUGACAAGAAUGACAAAGCUGUCAAAGAUCUGGUGGUGCUACUCUUCGAGACUGCUCUGCUGUCCUCUGGUUUCUCCCUGGAAGAUCCCCAGACCCACUCCAACCGCAUCUACAGGAUGAUCAAACUGGGGCUUGGCAUUGAUGAAGACGAGGUGAUGGCAGAGGAGCCCAGUGCAGCUAUCCCUGAUGAGAUCCCCCCUCUGGAGGGAGAUGAAGAUGCAUCCCACAUGGAAGAGGUAGACUAAAGUAGGAGGAAGCCUCUUCCCUCACUUGCCAGACCUCUGCACCAUGUUGUGUCUGCUUAGAACAGGGUCUGCUCCCACUAGCUCCUACUGACUCCUUGGUGAUGUCUAUGGUUUUUGAUUUGUUUGUUUGGGGUUGUUUUUGGCAGGGUGCAGGAGGGCAUGAUGCCCUGUCUGUCAGUAGUGAAUGAUUCAGGCAGCCUGAGGCAUGUUUGUGUCUUUCUGCUUGUGUAGGAACAGCUGAUGGGGAGUGGAGGUGAGGAGUCAUCAGGCUUCCCCUCUCCCCCCAUGGGGUCUCCCAUGUUCCCAGUAGGCAUCAAACACUGCCCUUGUUCCAUUGGGGUGGGAGAGCCCUUCCUCUGAGCUGCUGCCUCCCUAAACCCCCAGGGUAGGAUAUUGUAUUUUGGUUGGCUUGGUUAUUUUUUUGUUUGAUUAUUCUUCUGUUGUUUUGUUCGACUGGAAUUAAAGUAUUGAAGAAUGUGAUUUACAUGGUGGGGUCCUUUGUGUUUCGUGCCUACCAUAUGGAGGAAAGGGUCUCAGCCUGUGCCUGAGGGUAUCAGGCUGCUGGUCUCUCCCCUGCCCUGACUGGUUUUCAGAGCCCUGCUUUAGGUGAUCUCUACCCCUUCCCUGCCCAUGCACCAUGAAGUGGGUAGGAGAAACACAUGACCUGCUGUGCAGGUGGGGUCAUCUCUAGUGGGCAGUAGUUCUCAGUGUAGGGUGCUGCAUGCCCCACAGCCUGGGAACAAGACUUUUCCAAUCUGCAUGUGUCAGCUGGGCAAGCUGUGCCAGGACCUGAGUCUGCACUGCUGCUGGCUGGUCUGAUCUGAGUGUCCCUGGAGGCAGGAGCCAUCUGCUGUCUGUUCCCUUGUAGUGCAGAGCAGGGGGUGGAGUGAUAGCUCUGGACUGUACUCAAGCUGCCUCUCCAGCUCUUAGGCUAAAAGGCUCUGCUCUAGACUCCUUGCUUCCCACCUCCAGACUGCCCUUUCUGGGCUUUUGCAGUCCUGGUGGGGUUUGGCAGUAUAUGGCCACCCCCUGGCUUUUGCCUGGGUCCCAGAUGAUGGGAGAAGCCUGGGGCAUUACCUCUGAUUCAUCUGCCCUUUACACUGAGCUCACACCCCAUGAGGGGAGUUUGUCACCCUUGGCCACAAUGGCACUGGGGUUUGUCAGGGAAAAGUGACACCAACAUCAAGUUCUCUUGCUGACUGCUUGCCAGCAACCACGGGCACAAAAUGGGAGUGGGCUUUAGCCAGUAUCCAUCUUCAAAAGGGAAGGAGGAGGCAGAGCCUGCUG